GCCGCGGGGGCUCUCUCAGUUCUCAUUCUUGCCUGCUGUCCCGGGGGCACCCUCUCGAAUCUAUUUACAUACUGGACUGACGGUGAUGUAUGUCUCAGUGUGUGCAUGACGACAGUCUCGACAGCGGUUGCUAUAGGUAUGAUGCCCCUCAAUCUCUUCAUCUAUUCCCGAGUAUGGACCGACGACGGUGCAGUCAUUCCCUAUGUCAACAUUGUAACCACCUUGGUUAGCAUUCUCAUUCCCGUCGCUUUCGGAGUGUUUGUCCGGUGGUGGAGGAAAGAAUGGACCAAGUAUAUCACCAGGGUCGGCGUAGGCGUCGCUUUCCUCUUUAUGAUCGUUGCCUGGGUUCUGUUCUUCAAACUUAACCCUGGCUUCCUGAACGCAGGAUGGCAAUUAUGGAUGUGUGCCAUGUUGCUCCCAUUUUUGGGCUACGGUUUAGGCUAUGGCUUGGCUGUCUUGCUCCGUCAACCCCAUAAUAAGUGUCGCGCUAUCUCCUUCGAAACCGGCUCACAAAACGUUUCUCUAGCCACGACACUGAUUGUAGUGAGUUUCGCCAACUCACCACUCUUCUACGACAUGCUGUUCUACCCAGCUCUCUAUGCGGUCUUCCUAUACGUCGAUACGUCCAUAGUCAUCGCAAUACUCAAAGUAGGAAUGUACCUCCAUAAGAAGCACCGCUCGACCACGGAUAAAGAACAUGACGAGAAUGACAAGUUUGGAUAUGAUAACGAAGCCAUAGCCACAGACCAGGAGGAGGGGGUGAAAACAGUUGCAAUUAAACAGACAGCAGCAGACAAUUACGUGAAAACAGAUUAAGAUGAUGAUGAAGGGCUAAAAUUUGUAAUAAGCGGACAAAAUUAGGUCAUGAAAUAAUUUUCAUUAUCACGUCUGGAGAUAAAAAUUAUAGGAAGGAAAUUUAGAACUAAUGAAUGCUAUUUACAGAAUAUAAAUGACGUUGGUUUAAAAAAUGCAAAAUGCAUACGGUUUUAAAUUGCGAUGCUUCAAAGAAUUGAAGUUACAGUGGUCAUUUGACUGUUAUUCGGAACGUUGCCAAUAGAAUUUCAUGAUUCUCGGAAGGGUCUUUACUUUAUCUUUAUCUUUACUACCAUGCAAUUUUUCAUGUUGCAUAACAAAGUGAUUUUCUAUGGGUUUUUUCUCUUUGCCUCUAAUGAGGUGUUUAUUCAAUAUUCAACAAUAAAACAAUUUUUCAAACAAUUCAGCAAAACAAUGGAACAUCGAUAAUAAACAUAAUAUUGUUUUAGAUAUAACCAAUUA